UUUCAGUCCAGACUGGAGGAAAAAAAAAGAGGCUGGAAGCCGCUGGUCGGAGGAUUGGUUGUGGGAAAAUAAACGUGGAAAAAAAAGGAGCUGAAUCUCGUAUUUAAUCACAGGACAGCAGCUGUAACGAUGGUGUYGAUUAAGGUUUGUUACUAACCAAAGGGGAUGAUGCUCUCCUGAUUACCGUUUAUAUCGCCCACAUUUUGGUCAUYGGCUGACGCAACCGUCAUGAAUCACACUCCCAGUCCACACCUGUCUGAAGAUGGGAAGAACACUGGAGGAAGCCUGUUGUGCAGCUUUGGUCUGGGGUCCGACAGGGGCAUUCGCUCCCCAGAUAGCCUCGCCCACACGCCCAGUCCUACUCGAGAAACACCUAGUUCCAGCCCCCCUUUGCUGCUGUCACCUGGGCUGGGAGGCCUCGGGUUCGGCUCUCUGUGUGACGGAGCUGGAGCUGACUGGGAGAGCAGGGAGGAGUUGAGGCUCAGGGAAUUAGAGGAAGCUCGAGCAAGAGCAGCGCAGAUGGAAAAGACCAUGAGGUGGUGGUCCGACUGCACGGCCAACUGGAGAGAGAAGUGGAGUAAGGUUCGUGCAGAGCGUAACAGAGCGCGAGACGAGAUUCGUCAGCUGAGGCAGCGGUUGGACACGCUCACCAAAGAGCUGACCGGUGUUCGACGGGAGCGGCAGGAGCUCGCCUCGGAGAAYGAAACGCUGCGGCAGGAGACGCUGCGCCUGCAGGGCGAUCCUGCAGCUCACCCCACCGCCGCCGCCGCCGCCUCUACCUCCACCACGCCCACUCAUGGCACUUCCUCUUCCUCCCCUUCAUCUGUUCCUCCUUCCUCAUCUGCGUCGUCCCUCUCUUCCUCUAAGGACCACACGGACUGCAAGCCCAGCCAGGUUGGGGAAGGUACGCUUGGAUCUCCAGAACCAGAACCGGUGAGGGAUGUGGACUUGAACAACCAAAAGCAAAAGGACCUGGAACUGCUGGAAUCGGUUUUGCGUUCAGGAGCAGGUGGGCACGACGCUCAAGAGACCUGGGAUGGUCCUGGCAGUAACCCUGCAGGGUCACGCUCAUCCUCUGGGCUGAGCCGGCAGGAACGCAGCAGGCAUCUGUGGGAGGAGGUGACCACAGUUGAGGAGGAUUCAAGCAAGCUGAAUGCUCUGCAGCUGCGGCUCGACGAGUCCCAGAAAGUCCUGCUUAAAGAAAGAGAAGACAAGCUUGCUUUGAGUAAAAGCAUUGAGAGGCUGGAGGCUGAACUCAGUCAGUGGAAACUUAAAUAUGAGGAGCUGAGUAAGAGCAAACAGGAAGCCCUCAAACAGCUGAAUCUGCUGAAGGAAAUGCAUCAGGACGAGCUCGGUCGCAUGUCCGAGGACUUGGAGGAUGAACUGGGAGCUCGGAGCAGCAUGGACAAGAAACUUGCGGAGCUACGAGCCGAGAUGGAGCGGCUGCAGGUGGAGAACGCUGCUGAGUGGGGGCGCAGGGAGCGUCUGGAGACAGAGAAGCUGGCCCUGGAGAGGGACAACAAAAAGCUGAGAGCUCAGGUGGAAGACCUGGAGGAGCAGAUGUCCAAGAAACGCCGGCAGGCUGCUUCUGCUCUUGACACAGACCUCAAGGCCAUCCAGUGCGAACUGUUUGAGAAAAACAAGGAACUGGCUGAUCUUCGCCACGUUCACGCUAAGCUGAAGAAGCAGCUCCAGGAGAAGACCGCAGAGCUCACCCAUGCGAACCGGAGGGUGGAGAGCCACGACGCUGAAGUCAAAAAGCUCCGUCUCAGGGUGGAGGAGCUCAAGAAAGAGUUGGGGCAGGCUGAGGAUGAGUUGGAUGAGUCUCACAACCAGACGAGAAAGCUGCAGAGGUCUCUGGAUGAGCAGGUGGAGCAGACUGAGAAUCUGCAGGUACAGCUGGAACACUUACAGUCCAGGCUGCGGCGACAGCAGCAGAGUCCCGGUCUCUUUGGAAAGAUGCGAUCCACUCGUUUCAAUCCCGAAAACACAGAUGGCCCAAACAGUGACAUUGACGAGGAGGAUGAGGACCUGCAGCUGCAGAUACCAUGACACACGUGCACAUAGAAAACAUGUUGGACAUCCCGCCGUCGCAGAGGUUUUGUAAACUCUGGCCAGAAGGCUUCUAAUUUCCAGAAAUUUCAAUGUUUUGCUGGAGGCAGCACUGCUCCAGGACUUUGCUCCAGAGUUAACAGGAAGUCAAACGUGCUUUGGCGGGUUUACAGAUCAAACCCAGCUGGAGUGUGGCAGAAGGUCUAGACAGUGUGCUUCAGUGAAAAAAAAACUGUUUUUCAGUCUUUUUGUGGAUUUUAACAUAUUCAUUUUAUCAGAGGCCAACGUGUUUCAUUGUUUUCCUUUUAUACCUCAUAUGCACAAACAUUGUAGCGUUCUUAUCUAAACAACGCUACUGUAAGUAAAUAUGUCUAAGUCCUUCCUUUAAGUGAGCAGUAUUAAUAUUUUACACAUCUGUCAGAGAACAGAAGAAGUUUUUUCCCGUGUCUCUCUGGCAUUUGAAGUGUUUAUUUGUAUAAUACACCAUUCAUCAUUUUAAAAUUGAAUGUGUUGCCUCUUUGUUUUCUAUUUUCUGAUCUUUUUUUUUUUGAUGUGUUCAAAAUUCACCUUUGCUACACAAACACCUGUUAGCCAGAAACCUGUUCAGAGCUUUUAAAUCAUAAACUCUACAAACUUCGUUGCUGAUACUGCCAUCGUACAGCAUUUGACUGUGAUUUAAUUGUUUUUUUAAUGAACAGUUUAUGCAAAACAAAGUCCUUCAGGAAUGCAAACAGUUGACUGAUUGUUCUUUCUGAUGUGUGCAAAGAUAAAUUUGAAGGAUCCCCAGCCACGCCACCUGUGUCAUCUCUUUUAACCUCAGUUAUUGCCCAGUAGCAGUACGCCUUCCUGUCUUUGCAGAGGAACUGUUGGGCUAAGAUUAAGCACGUUUCCAGGAGGACGCAAUAAUAAGAACAAGUAAAGGUCCACGGCAUUUGCAGUUGUCUAAAUAAAUGUUGGAACAAAUUAUAAAAAAGUAUCAGGCAUGCUGCGAAACUGGAGCUGCUUGACCGUAACAAUAAUCACAUGAAAGUCGAGUUUAGACCAUGUUAAAUGGCCAAAACCUUCAAUUAGUAAAAUCUUUGCAGGUCUUUGUGAAGAGAAAUAUGUCUCAAAAUGUCUGGUUCCAUCACUUUAGAUUCUACAUUUCCCUGUUUGAGAAGAACCAGAUGACCAAAAGUGGAAAAACUGUAAAGGCUCACAGCUCUGCGUGCAUCAUCAUCUAAUUUAACCCUUUUGGCCACAUGUAACACAAUAAUUAUUAUUAGAUGAGCAGUCACUCUGCAGCCAAGCAACGUUGUCUUUCUUUUUAUUGAUAGACAACAUGUGCAACAGGAGCAAGUUUCAAACUGACCAGUGACUCAAAUAGUGGUUCAUAUGGAACCCUGAGGAGCAGAAAUGUUAUUGAGCUUCUUGACUGUUGCAGAGAUAAAUGUCUGUGUGUGUUGUCGCUUUGUGCCGCUGGCUCUAAAAGAUGGGACUGUGAUGGCCUAAACCUGCACUUCAGAAGAAUUAAAAACUCCAAACUUUCUCAUAUUUUUAGCAUUGAAGGUUGAAAUCUCAACUAAACGUUCAGGGUUGUUGUUUUUUUAAACAACUGCAAACAUUUAAACUUCCAGUGAACAGAUCUAGAUUUUUUUUUUAUCUUUAGCCAUUUGAAGUCCUCCAAACGUCCAUUUGGAACUUCCUGUGCCCGCUUGAUUUGGUUCAGGGUCACAGGCAGCUGGUUCCAGUCUCCAGUCAUCAGGCGAGAGGCGGGGUACACCUAGGACACAUCAGUCCAUCAGAGGGCUUCAAACAGAAACAAACAUGAACACACUCACACCUGAAGAAGCAGCUGGUGGGUCUAAAGAGUCCUUUUAGAUCUACCAGCAGCUUCAGAAGCCCAAAGAUUUUAUGUUCUGAUCAAACAUUCCUGUAUGUUUAAUGCUGACAGAUUUCACUACUAAACCAGUUAAGGUAUUGUAAAACAGAGGAAGUGUUGAUUGUAAAAUAAAUAAAAAGUAGAUAAAUCUGAGUUGGGUUAAAUCUCCAGCCUGUCAAAGAGCUCCAUCCCAGCUGUGGAUUGAGGCAGUUUGUUUUCUGCCACCGUCUGCCUCAACUCUGACACUGGAAAGGGACCAAGAUAUUUGUACUGUUCGUAAUUCUGUAUUUCUAUUUAUGUGGUUUUGUAUGGAUAUGGUUUCUUUAAAAAAAAAUCUGUAUCACAGUGGUUUUGUAUUAGCUCCAUAAAUGCCAACUGUUCAUUUAAAA